CUUUGACCCGCGCGCUCUUGGUCUCGAAUUUGGUUAGCAUCCUUCAGGCCUCCGGCCACUACGCCUGAUUACUGGGACCCUCCACUCCCUGCUGCCCUUCGGACGGCUCCACGUCAGCUCCCUCCUCCUCAGCUCCCGGAAGCCCCACAAGACACGAACUUCCGGUCUCUAGAACUCCGGACCACAGAGACGGUGCCAGCGGCUGCCUAGACAGGCCGCUACUCGAUUGAAGGGACGCCGAGGCUUCCGCUCAGCUGAUAAACAAGAUGGCCACGGCUGGGGGCCACUCUGGGGUUGACCUGGGAAGCCUGACUCUUUUUCGCCUUCUGUCUUUCUCCGUCUUACUGCCAGGUUUAUGCAAGGGAAAUUCAGUGGAAAGGAAGAUCUACAUCCCCUUAAAUAAAACAGCUCCCUGUGUCCGUCUGCUCAAUGCCACUCAUCAGAUUGGCUGCCAAUCUUCAAUUAGUGGAGACACAGGGGUUAUCCAUGUAGUAGAGAAAGAAGAGGACCUGCAGUGGGUGUUGACAGAUGGCCCUAACCCCCCUUACAUGGUUCUGCUAGAGGGCAAGCUCUUUACCAGGGAUGUAAUGGAGAAACUAAAGGGGAGAACCAGCCGAAUUGCUGGUCUUGCAGUGACCUUGGCCAAGCCCAGUCCCACCCCGGACUUCUCUCCUAGUGUGCAGUGCCCGAAUGAUGGGUUUGGCAUUUACUCCAACUCCUAUGGGUCAGAGUUUGCCCAUUGCAAAGAAGUGCUAUGGAACAGUCUGGGCAAUGGCUUGGCUUAUGAAGACUUUAGUUUUCCUAUCUUUCUUCUUGAAGAUGAAAAUGAAACCAAGGUCAUCAAGCAGUGCUAUCAGGAUCACAACCUGGGUCAGAAUGGCUCGGCACCAACCUUCCCACUGUGUGCCAUGCAGCUCUUCUCACACAUGCACGCUGUCAUCAGCACUGCCACCUGCAUGCGGCGCAGCUUCAUCCAGAGCACUUUCAGUAUCAACCCAGAAAUCGUCUGUGACCCCCUGUCUGACUACAACGUCUGGAGCAUGCUUAAGCCUAUAAACACAUCUGGGACCUUAGAUCCUGAUGACAGGGUUGUGGUUGCUGCUACCCGGCUGGACAGCCGUUCCUUUUUCUGGAAUGUGGCUCCAGGGGCUGAAAGUGCUGUUGCCUCCUUCGUCACCCAGCUGGCUGCAGCUGAAGCUUUGCAGAAGGCACCGGAUGUGACCAUCUUGCCCCGCAAUGUCAUGUUUGUCUUCUUCCAAGGGGAAACGUUUGACUAUAUUGGUAGCUCAAGAAUGGUCUACGAUAUGGAGAAGGGCAAGUUUCCUGUGCACUUAGAGAACAUUGACUCAUUCGUGGAGCUGGGACAGGUGGCCUUACGGACUUCAGCAGAGCUCUGGAUGCACACAGACCCCAUGUCUCAGAAAAAUGAGUCUGUGCGGAACCAGGUGGAGGACCUCCUGACCACACUGGAGAAGAGUGGUACGGGCGUCCCUGACAUCAUCCUCAGGAGGCUGAAUCAGUCCCAAGCCCUGCCACCCUCUUCUCUACAGCGAUUUCUUCGAGCUCGAAACAUCUCUGGUGUUGUUCUGGCUGACCACUCUCAUUCCUUUCAUAACCACUACUACCAGAGCAUUUAUGACACUGCUGAGAACAUCAAUAUGAGCUAUCCUGACUGGCAGAGCCCUGAAGAGGACCUGAACUUUGUGACAGACACUGCUAAGGCCCUGGCGAAUGUGGCCACGGUGCUGGCACGUGCACUGUACGAACUUGCAGGGGGCACCAACUUCGGCGACACAAUUCAGGCUGAUCCCCAAACGGUCACUCGCCUCCUGUAUGGGUUCCUGGUUAGAGCCAACAACUCAUGGUUCCAGUCUAUCCUCAGACAGGACCUCAAGUCCUACUUGGGCGAUGGGCCUCUCCAACAUUACAUCGCCGUCUCCAGCCCCACCAACACCACUUACGUUGUGCAGUACGUCUUGGCAAAUUUGACUGGCAAGGUGAUCGGCCUCACCCGAGAGCAGUGCCAGGAUCCAAGUAAAGUUCCAAAUGAAAACAAGGAUCUAUAUGAGUACUCAUGGGUUCAGGGCCCUUUGAAUUCCAAUGAGACGGAUCGGCUCCCCCGGUGCGUGCGUUCCACGGCUCGACUGGCCAGGGCCUUGUCUCCUGCCUUUGAACUGAGUCAGUGGAGCUCCACUGAAUAUUCCACGUGGACUGAGAGCCGCUGGAAAGAUAUCCAUGCUCGGAUAUUCCUCAUUGCCAGCAAAGAGCUUGAGCUUAUCACCCUGAUGGUGGGAUUCGGCAUCCUCCUCUUCUCUCUCAUCGUCACCUACUGCAUCAAUGCCAAAGCUGACGUCCUUUUCAUUGUUCCCCGAGAGCCAGGAUCUGUGUCUUACUAAGGAGAACUCCAGCUUACCCUGCCAGCUCUGCAUUUCACUUCUACAUCAUUUGUCCCACUGGGAACAAACCACUAGUUUGUCACUGGAACCUCUCUGGGCCUGUCUCAGAUUGGGAUUAACACAAAGGAAUAGAACUGUCCAGAAGAGACAGGAAGAAAUAAACAAGUGGCCUCCCCUCCUCAUCUCCCCCUUCCCCAAUACUUCCUCCUUCCCUUCCCUGCAAGAUUCUGGGAUUACAAUAGAGCCUUCCUGUUUCUGUUUAACUCCAGAGUCACCAACUCUAAUUUACCCUUCCUCGGGAUGACUCUUCCCUUCCCAGCCUUCCCUGUACCUCCCUGGUUCCCUCUCUUGCCCUGACCCCCCACUCCCAACUACUGCUCCUGACCACCUUCUGGACCAGGAAGGGGAACGUGAAAGGUUGAACAUCAGGAUCAAACUACAGUGAACCCUAAGGAGGAGGAUGGGGUUUUCUGGGCUGAGCCUGCUGUCUCCUUCCCACUGCCCUUCCUAGGUCCUCAGAUGGCACGUUAGGGUGGGCUUGCUGCCAGGUGGGUAUCCCUCUUCCAGCCCACAGUGCUCAGCUGUACUUUUUAUUAAGCUGUAAUAUCUAUUUUUGUUUUUUCCCUUUUUUUUGUAAAUAUAUAAAUAGUGAGUUUCAUUAAAAUAGAUAAUCCUACACAACA